ACAACUGUCGGUGUUACCAGUAUAUAAGUGUAUAAUCUAUGGUCGGUGUCAGUAUUCGGUUAUCAAAAGUAUAACCAAAAAGUUAAAAUUUGUAAAUCUAUUAGAUUAUUAAUGUUUACUUUGUACUUUCUACUAUUCGUAAAUUCCGUAUUAAAUAUUAAUAGUUCACAGUUUACUCUUAAAUUUUUAUUUAAGUCAUAACAAUGGCUGACGACGGUGAUAAUGUGGCUGUAAUGACCGUAAAAGAACCACUUGAUUUGAUAAGACUGAGCUUAGAUGAAAGAAUUUAUGUUAAGAUGCGAAAUGAGCGCGAGUUACGCGGGAAACUUCACGCUUAUGAUCAACAUUUAAAUAUGGUCCUGGGCGAUGCUGAGGAAACAAUAACAACUGUUGAAAUUGAUGAAGAAACGUAUGAAGAAGUUUAUAGAACAACUAAAAGAAACAUUCCUAUGUUAUUUGUGAGGGGCGAUGGGGUCAUAUUGGUAUCUCCUCCAGUACGUGUGGGAAUAUAGAUACUUAGGUUAAUAAAAGUAAUAUUAAGAAAAAUA